AUGUUCCGAGCAGUGAAGCAUGCCGUCGUCUUGGCGAAGAAGAGCCGAGCUGAGCCCGCGGCCUUGUCUGCCUUCGCCAGCCACUUCUCCGCGGCUUCCACCUCGCAGAGUUGUAGGUUGGCCGGGAAGGUGGCCGUGAUCACCGGCGGCGCCAGCGGCCUCGGCAAGGCGACUGCCGCGGAGUUCGUCCGGAACGGCGCCAAGGUCAUCCUCGCCGACGUCCAGGACGACCUCGGCCACGCCGCCGCCGCCGAGUUCGGCCAUGACUCCGCAUGCUACACGCGCUGCGACGUGACGGACGAGGCGCAGGUCGCCGCGGCCGUGGACCUAGCCGUGGCGCGGCACGGCCGCCUCGACGUCAUGUUCAACAACGCCGGCAUCAGCGGCGCCCUCACGCCCGUGCCCCUCGGCUCCCUGGACCUCGCCGACUUCGACCGCGUCAUGGCGGUCAAUGCGCGGGCCGUGCUCGCGGGCGUCAAGCACGCCGCGCGCGUCAUGGUCCCCAACCGCCGCGGGAGCAUCAUCUGCACGGCCAGCACGGCGGCGGUGCUGGGAGGCGUGGCGUUCCCGGCGUACAGCGUGUCGAAGGCGGCCGUGGUGGGGCUCGUGCGCGCCGUGGCCGGGGAGAUGGCGCGCGCCGGGGUGCGCGUGAACGCCAUCUCGCCUAACUACAUCCCGACGCCGAUGGUCAUGGGGUACAUGGCCGAGUCCUACCCCGGGGCGAGCGCCGAGGAGCGCAGGCGGAUCGUGGAGCGGGACAUGAACGAGAUGGGCGGGCCGGCGCUCGCGGUGGAGGACGUGGCCCGUGCGGCGGUGUACCUGGCGUCCGACGAGGCCGGGUACGUGAACGGGCAUAACCUCGUCGUUGACGGCGGGUUCACCGUCGGCAAGACGCCGAAAAUGCCGGCGCCGUGA